AUGCAACCAACAAGCAGUGCCCGCUACAUUCAUUCUGACUCGACUUCGGACCACAACGGUAGUGGCAGUCUUGAUGAACAUUCGUUCGGAAACAAUAAUAACAACCAUUCACUUCAAUUUCUAUCUUCUUCUCCCUAUUCUACUUCUCCCAUGUUUCUUCAACAACAUUCCAUCUUAAAGACUCAUCAUCACUCUAAUUUUUAUUUAUGCACGUUUGAUGCAAGGUUAUUAUCGAGUGCGGAAGGCUUGAAUUUUAUUUUGUCUGCAAUCAAGUCCGAGAAGAACAGACUAGCGGAGAGGGAUGAAAAAGGUAAAAUUAUUGUGGUAGCUCCCUCGAAUCUGGGUAUUAACGAGAAUCAACACUUGUUGAAAAUUGUUAGAAAAUUAGCCAAGCAAUCCGAACACGAUUUUAUUUCUUCAUCAAUGAAUAGAAGAAAUUCGAGUGAUAGUGAUGAGUCGUCAGGACAUGCAUCUUACUCGAAUCGUUUGUCCUCUCCGGCCACUCCUCCUACACAGAGCGAGCAACUUUCGACAAUUGUGGAUGACUAUCUGGACGAAUUGUUACGUCCUCUUCAACAACUCUACAAGCAGUACUCAUCACUUGAUACCCACACCUUCUCAGAGUACAGAGCAAAAUUAAGAAAUCUCUUUAUUGGUGUUAGUUUAUUGGCAGAUGCUGCUCCAAAAGUGAUUGCCAAAAUUGUGGGAUGCUAUAGUGAAAUGGUUUGCAAUUUCUUGCUGGAGUAUUUGCAAUAUGAAGGAGAACGUAAUUCUCUUUCUUUUGCAUUUCUAGAUAGUAAGCAGUAUCUCGUGACGGCAAUUGAAGAAGUCACUCAUAGCGACAAGGUUAACUUUACAAUUUAUGAGCAAAGAAAGAAAGACCAAUAUUUAAGAGCUCACUAUGAUUCACCUCUCGUUGAUACAGAUUUAAUUGAAGAAUUGAAUGGUCAUGUUGCUGAUGUGUUGAUAGCACAAGGAAAUGUUGGAUGUGACAAUAAGGGUGAUGUUGUGCUGUUUGACAUUAAUAGCCCAAAUUCGGACAUGUCAGUCGCCAUAUUUGCUACCAAGCUUGAUAUUGGAAGUGUUGAUUUUUGGACAAAAGAUGGUGGCAUCUUCACUUGUUCCGAAAUGAAAACAACCAAUGCCAAAUUUGUGCUAGAGCUAUCCUAUCAUGAAGCACUAGAAAUAGCAACCUCUGAUAAUUUCAAAGUAUUACAACCCAGAAGUCUCAAAAUCUUGCAAGAAUCAGACAUUCACAUUAGAAUACGAUCUGUAAAACUUUUUAAUCGUUUUUCAAAAGGCUACCUUGACAAGGAGUACAUUACAGUCAUUAAGAGCGACUCGUCCAAUGACGACAACGACACUGACGAAAAUCAUGUCACCAGCUUGACCUACGAAGAAAAAGUGCCACAUGUCAAGUGCAUUUGUAUCCGACGAGAUAUUUUAAUGCUCUCAAUUGACACUUUGGAUAUGUGGCAAAAAGUCGGUUUUUUGGCAGACGUAUUUGGAAAAUUUAAAAAGUAUAAUAUUUCCGUAGAUUUUGUGACAACAUCAGAAGCCAACAUUACCAUCACAUUGGAUGCAACCAAUAAGCUUGACAAUGAAGUUCUGAAUAAGUUAGUGAACGAUUUGAGGUCCAUGAAUUGUCGGGUUGAGAUCAUUGGACCUUGUUCUGCCUUAUCUCUCAUUGGAAAGAAUAUCAGAUCAUUCUUACCUCGUCUCUCAUCUGGAUUGACUUAUUUCUCUGGACAAAAGAUACAUUCUGUGGCACUUGCUGCAUCCGAUGUGAAUUUAACCUUUUUGCUCGAUCAAAAUAAUUCCAAUGAACAAUUAUUGAAAGAAUUACAUGACUGGGUCUUUAUUAAGCAAUUCAUUGAUUCACACUAUAUUGGACCCACAUGGUCAGAACUCUUUGAAACACAAACACAGAAAGUGAAUGAUGUGAGCGGAAGGCAUGUUUGGUGGCGUCGUAAGAGACAGCAAUUACUUGAUCUGGUUGAAAAGGAAGAUCAAGCUAUUUAUGCCUACGAUGUGGAACAAUUCUUAGCAAACGCUCAAAAACUCAUCAACAUUUCCAGUAGAAAUAAUGGUCCAGUCGAUCAAAUUUUCUUUGCCCUCAAAUCAAAUCCACAUCCAGAAAUACUCAAAAUUUUUGAGAGUGUUGGCUUUGGACUCGAAUGCGUUUCUAUCGAUGAAGUUCGAAUGGUGUGUUCCUUAUUCCCAAAUAUUGAUCGAGCGAACCGAAUUCUCUUCACACCCAAUUUUGCUCCCAAGAAGGAAUAUCGAGAGGCUCUUAGUCUUGGUGUCAUGUUAACAAUUGACUCGUUAUAUCCUCUCAUGAAUUGGGGAGAGUUAUUGAGAGGCAAAUCUGUCCUUUUGAGAAUCGAUCCAGGAGCAGGCAAAGGACAUCACGCCAAAGUCAAAACAAGUGGUGUUCAGUCCAAGUUUGGAAUUCAUAUUAGUGAUAUUCCUCAAGCAGUCGAGUUGUGUGCUCAAUACAAUAUCACAGUGAUAGGUCUUCAUGCUCAUGUUGGAAGUGGAAUUUUGGAUGAGGCAGAAGCAUGGAAAAAGACGGCUGUCACAUUAGCUCAGCUUAUUUCAGAGCAUCCAAAACUCAUGAACGAUGUGAAAAUGAUUGACUGUGGAGGAGGUUUAGGAGUUCCUUAUGUUCCAUACAAACAAACAGAGCUUGAUUUAACAGAAGUAGCAAAAGCAAUGAUUGACUUUAAAAAGAAUCACAAUCCAACAAACGUUAAAUUGUGUAUGGAACCUGGACGUUUCCUUACUGCCAAUGCUGGAGUUUUGUUGGCAAGAGUCACACAAAUCAAGAACAAGAUGAACAAGCUGUUUGUUGGAAUUGAGACUGGAAUGAAUUCCUUAAUUCGACCAACGUUGUAUGAUGCCCAUCAUGAAAUUGUGAAUCUCUCAAAAAUUAGUGAUCCUAAUAGUGACGAUCCAGCUGAAAGUACCAUGGUAGCUGAUAUUGUUGGGCCAAUUUGUGAAAGUGGUGAUGUCUUUGGAACAGAUCGAGCCAUUUCUAGCGAAACACGAGAGGGUGACAUUUUGUGCAUUUGUACGGCUGGAAGUUAUGGUUACAGCAUGUCCUCGCAUUACAACAACCGAGUUCCUGCGAAGGAGAUUUUCAUUAUGCCUCAAAAUGGCAGCAAGAAUUAA